ACCGCCCACCCAUUCAGCACCGCCCUUGUUGUCAUGGUGAUCUCCGGCUCUCCAGGGUGUCCAGGAGUCUCUCUGCUGCCAGCCCCGCCCAGACUCCAGGCAGGUUCUCGUUGCUAUGGUGAUCGCCGGUGCAAGCUGGAUGCUUGGACGCGCCGCUGCCAGUCCAACGCAGACCCCGCCCACGACGUCGACGAUUCGUGUAGCCCGCAGGUCCCGCGUGGCUCUCGUUGCCAUGGUGAUCGCCGCCUCUGGCUCAGGCGGACCAGGCCGCGCGGAGCCCCAGCUUUCACAGCCAUCGCUGGACUGUGGAAGAAUGAGGUCCUCCCUGACACCUUUGGGGCCCCCUGUGAGCCGCGACCGUGUCAUCGCCAGCUUCCCUAAGUGGUACACGCCGGAAGCCUGUUUGCAGCUCAGGGAGCACUUCCACAGGCAGGUCAGCGCUGCCUGCCAACGCAGGAACACGGGGACUGUCGGGCUCAAACUCUCCAAGGUGGUGGUGGUUGGCGAUCUCUACGUGGGGAAGACCAGCCUCAUCCACAGGUUUUGCAAGAAUGUUUUUGAUCGAGACUACAAGGCCACCAUUGGGGUGGACUUUGAAAUUGAGCGCUUUGAGAUUGCUGGGAUUCCCUAUAGCCUCCAGAUCUGGGACACAGCUGGGCAGGAGAAGUUCAAGUGCAUCGCAUCUGCCUACUACCGGGGCGCCCAGGUGAUCAUCACGGCCUUUGACCUCACUGACGUGCAGACCCUGGAGCAUACCAGGCAGUGGUUGGAGGAUGCUCUGAGGGAGAACGAGGCAGGCUCCUGCUUCAUCUUCCUCGUGGGAACCAAGAAGGACCUUCUGUCAGGGGCCGCGUGUGAGCAGGCCGAAGCAGACGCUGUGCACCUGGCCAGGGAGAUGCAGGCCGAGUACUGGUCGGUGUCGGCCAAGACUGGCGAGAACGUGAAGGCAUUCUUCAGCCGCGUAGCCGCCCUGGCAUUCGAGCAGUCGGUGCUGCAGGACCUGGAGAGGCAGAGCAGUGCCCGGCUCCAGGUCGGCGAUGGAGACCUAAUCCAAAUGGAAGGGAGUCCGCCUGAGACCCAGGAGAGCAAGAGGCCCUCCAGCCUGGGCUGCUGCUAACUGGGGCCUGCGUGGAAGGCCUCUGCUCCCUGCACACACACGGACAGGAAUUUCCGUGACUGUGGUGCAGAGACUGGAGCCCAAGCUCUGCAGCAUGUUGCCCUCAAGCUGUAGGCCCAUGUUCCAGUCCCUCCACCCACCCACCGGGCUCAGCUCCAGGGCACAGUCACUUCUCCGUUGCAGGUUGGGCGCUAGAAAAGGCCCCCACUGGCUGCCUGGGAGCCCCACACCACCGGGCCAGUGCAGGCACUGUGGUGAUCCCAUAAAAGGCCAGUCCAUUUGCAGGGUCAUCAGACAGUCACCUUUGGCCUCAAGAGGCCUCAGAACUGCAAACUCCUGCGUCGGUCUAUAACACUCGGCCAUGGCCCACAUCAGCAGUCAACCCUGCACUCUUUCCCAGCGAUCUUGGAUGUGUCCCCAGGAUCCGUCACAGUGUUCCAGGCAACCUGGACUUGUCAAAGUCAGCACCUGAAGGAGAGGCCACCUGCCAUUCCCCCUGGGAGUUUUCUGUUGUCAGCAGGACUUAUGGUUCUGGGUCUCAGAGCUUCAGGCCUCACUGUCCUUCUGCCACGGAUGCUCAAGGUUCCUGGGCAGACCAGCACCUCUGGAGGACAAUGGACAAAAUGUCUCUUAGACCUGUUCUGGCUGAAGGGUUAUCUCUGGCACCUCUGAGAUCCCUAGGUCCUGCCCUCCUGGUCCGUGGGCCAGGAUGUGCAGAACAACCACUCAGGCCUUUCUGGCCCACCUGGACAGUGCAUUUACCUGUGUGCUGCGGGAGGCAGACUGCACAGCUGUCCUAGGGUAACUCACUCUGCAGCCCUUGAACAUGGCACUGCCCUCCUCUGGCACUCAUGCUGGGCCUGUGCCCACUGCUGCCUCUUCAUCCCUCUCUCAUUGGCCUAUACAUCUCUUAGGACCUUUGUAAUGGUGUCCAUGCACCUUUAGAGGACUUCAGAGGCCCUGCCAAGUCUAGCAUGUUCCUGUCUCCAACACCGCCUCCUGCACAUGCAGAGCAGACAGAAAUACCCCACACAUUCCCCAGCCUCUCUGCCCAGUAUGCUCAUCCACAGGGUUUUCUCACUGCUAUGAACCAGCCCCACAGCCCCAGGCUCCUGUCACCUGGCUAUGCCCACUCAUCCCACCCAUCUCGUGCUGUUGCUUCCCGUAGAUGGCGAGCACCUUGCAGGCAGCCUUCUGAUCAGUACUGUUCUCCUAGGGCCUGGCACACUGCAGCUGCCCUGUAAAUGUUCAGCUCAGCAAUUGCCAAAUACCAGUUAGGGAAGAACACUGGCAUCUUUUUCUAUUCAUUCCCCCUUCAACAUAUUUUUUGUACUUUUUUAUAUAAAUGACUUUUUUUUUUUUUGAGAUGGAGUUUCACCCUUGUUGCCCAGGCUGGAGUGCAAUGGCGUAAUCUCGGCUCACUGCAACCUCUGCCUCCCAGGUUGAAGCGAUUCUCCUGCCUCAGCCUCCCAAGUAGCUGGGAUUACAGGCAUGCACCACCAUGCCUGGCUAAUUUUGUAUUUUUAGUAGAGAUGGGGUUUCUCCAUGUUGGUCAGGCUGCUCUCGGACUCCUGAUCUCAGGUGACCUGCCCACCUCGGCCUCCCAAAGUGCUGGGAUUACAAGGGUGAGCCACCAUGCCCGGCCGUAAAUGAUUUUAUUCAUUUUUAUGUUUUCUUUUGGGCGGCGGGAUGGAGUCUCUGUCACCCAGGCUGGAGUGCAAUGGCACGAUCUUGGCUCACUGCAAGCUUCCCCUUCCGGGUUCAUACCAUUCUCCUGCCUCAGCCUCCCGAGUAGCUGGGACUACAGGCACGUGUGACCAUGCCGGGCUAAUUUUUUAUAUUUUUAGUAGAGAGAGGUUUCACCGUGUUAGCCAGGAUGGUCUCGAUGAUCUGACCUCGUGAUCUGCCCGCCUCAGCCUCCCAAAGUGCUGGGAUUACAGGCCUGAGCCACCGCAUCCGGCCUCCAUAAAUGACUUUUAAAGGGGUUGUAUGUUUAGUGUGAACAAAGACAGUACAAAGCAUAUAAAAUACAAGGUGAAAGCCCCCCCCCCCCCACAUUAGCUGCGCCCCUGAAGUGUCUCCAGCAGAAGAGACGGAUGAAUGGAAGGACACACAGAUGGACAGAGAGCAGGAAAGACUGUUAGCUCUGCUAACAGUCAGUACUGUUCCUUCUGGACUCUGCACCUUUGCCUGCACAGCCAGUGUUGAUGGCUUGGUUGUUGUUUUCACCAGAGUGAGCUCCUUCUGGACAUACUGCCUGGCAGCCUGCCUUCCUAGGGAGCUGGCGCCAAGCCCUCUCCCUGAUGGCACACAAGGAGCCUCCUUCCUGUAGCAGCGCCCAGUUUUCCUUCAUGUGGAUGGAUUGUAGUUCAUUUGACCCUCCCCAUCUGCGGGCCAUCCGGCUUGUCCAGCUUUUAGCUCUUGCCAAUGGUGCUGCAGUGGCCAUUCUUGUAGUUAUAGCUUUGCGUACUCAGGAAGGCCCUUCUCCCGACUGUGGCCCCCAGCCUGGUCCACUAAGUGCAGCCUGUGGUCGGGCAGACAGCAUUGGGGUCCAUUAGGAAGACCAGGUUUGCUGGGCAUAAGCUUCACAGGACAGGAGAACCUGCCCAUGGUGGACUGUCGUUCUCCACAGCUCCCUUCCCUUUGCCCCUUCGGGCCUCCAGGAUAUGUUUGCGGGGGUGGGUGUGGUGUCCAGCUGUUACCAGCUUCUGAGCUAGAGCUGUACUGCCUCACAUACACCCCCACCUCUGUAAAUGGUCCUUGAUUAAAUCGUCCUCAUAUUA